UACAUGACGGGCCUGUUCUGGCAGUUAUUGCUCCAACACAAUCCAUUCCAUUCCACAUCGCAAUUUUCGCUGGGUGCACCAAUUUUCGGGGAACGACAUUGAACCUCGAGGCGUCUGAAGUGGAAGAGGUUGCGACUGGCUGGCCUUGUGGGCGAGCUCAGGACAUCCGAGGUCGUCGACUCGAGGCUGCCCUUUUGGGACCGUAGUUCGUGAAUCGAAGAGCUCGGACAAAUGGCAAUUGCUAUUGCAAACCGAUUGGCGCUGCCCACCCCGUUUCCUGUGAAAGAUCACCCGAGACAUGGAGCAGUGCAGAAUGGUUGCAGAGCCAAGGUCUCCCUUGCUUCUCCGGUCGCAGCUGGACUCUUGAGCAGAUUUGCUUUGAAACAAUGCUCACCGGUUCGAAAAAGGACUCUUCUCCCAGUGAGGGCCACGGUUGCGGAAGACACCGUCGUUCCGAGCAAAUUUGAAUUUCCGUCCGCUCCGAUUCUGCUGCCAGAUGGACCUUGGAGGGAAAUUCCUGGCGGGGUCACUGCAGCAGCAGGUUUCAAAGCAAUAGGAAUGUAUGCUGGGUUGAGGGCUGUGGGUAAAAAACCCGAUCUUGCGUUAGUCAUAUGUGAGGACGAUGCCGUUGCAGCAGGUACAUUCACGAAAAAUUUGAUGGCUGCAGCACCUGUUAUUUACUGCAAAGAAGUCCUUGCUAAGUCACCCACGGCCCGAGGUGUGCUGAUCAACGCAGGUCAGGCUAACGCAGCAACUGGUGAUGCAGGUUAUCAAGAUACCCUGGAUUGUGCCGAGGCCGUAGCGAAGUUGUUAGGAAUUGACACCGGAGCCGUUCUUAUCGAAUCAACUGGAGUUAUAGGUCAGCGAAUCAAAAAGGAAGCAUUGCUUGAAUCUCUUCCCAAACUUGUUUCGUCAUUAUCAACUAGCGCGGAAGCGGCCGAUGCAGCUGCAGUAGCAAUAACAACAACUGAUCUUGUCAGCAAAAGCGUUGCCAUUGAGACGAUGAUUGGAGGAACAUCUGUGAAGCUCGGAGGGAUUGCGAAGGGUUCAGGCAUGAUACAUCCUAAUAUGGCGACCAUGCUCGGAGUUGUUACAACAGAUGCUAAUGUCGCAGUUGACGUCUGGCGAUCCAUGGUGCUGACUGCUGUGAAUCGCAGUUUUAAUCAAAUCACUGUUGAUGGUGAUACUAGUACCAACGAUACUCUUCUCGGCUUAGCUAGUGGCAGAGCUGGUGGCCCGCUAAUUGACUCUCUUGACUCAAAUGAGGCUCAACAGCUUCAAAGUGCCCUUGACGCGGUUCUUCAAGGACUGGCCAAGUCUAUAGCGUGGGAUGGAGAAGGUGCCACUUGUCUGAUUGAGGUUAAGGUGACAGGUGCAGAUACUGAAGCCGCUGCAGCAGCUGUUGCAAAAUCAGUAGCUGCGUCUUCUCUAACUAAAGCUGCAGUGUACGGGAGAGAUCCAAACUGGGGCCGGAUAGCGUGUGCUGCUGGCUACUCUGGAGUCAACUUUGAUCCUCAAGACCUUCGAAUCCACCUCGGCGAUGCCCUGCUCAUGGAAGCUGGACAACCGAUGCCCUUUGACCGGGCUGCUGCAAGUGCCUACAUGAAACAUGCUGGAGAUAUCCACGGAACCGUACAAAUAAAUAUCUCCGUCGGUAGCGGUCCCGGUGAAAGCUUCGCAUGGGGAUGUGAUUUGAGUUAUGACUAUGUCAAAAUUAAUGCUGAGUACACCACCUGAGUAGAGACACUUCACACGCGAAGAAUUGUGAAGACAAUUUUGAAGCCUGAAGGGAACCAUGUACUGUGACAUGUCGACCAAAAGUCUGUCGAGUGGUUCAACAUCUUCGGAACCAGAAUAUACCGAAGUUUUGAGUAGCUAGAGUCCGCUCCAGCCGGUAAAUUAUUUACAGACGUGUCUGGUUUUACGGAAGACACUUGAGUCUAAACGUAGCUGGGUAGGUGAAGUGUAUCAUUGUACCAAUCCAACAUAAUGCAGAAAAAUCUAAUUUUCAGAACCUUUGAAUCACUCAGGACAGAGGAUAUUUUGGGUCCAGUAUGUAAUACAUUGUAUUUGCGUUUUCAAACUUGAUUGUGGUGAUGAGAUCAUCACUGGAAAACGGAUCAUCUACAAGAAUGCGAAGGAGAGGUCAACAAAAGUUAGAUUUAAUCAGGCCGAGAACAACUGCAUAGAGCAAGGCUCUCCUUGUAGUUAACCAUUAUGAAUUUUAAACCUCCAGUCACUUGCACGGAUGUCAUGACUAUGGCCCAUAGUCAUGACAUCCAAUCAUAGUCAUAUUGGGGUACUAUGGACUAUGGCCAACAGUCAUAUUGGGGGAUUACUUUGGAUAUCACCCAUAGUCUAUGGGUGAUAUCCAAAGUAGUCCCCCAAUAGGAGGAGCUAGACAUGAGCCAAUGUCAGGCAACUGAGAUGUCUUCUGCGCUCAACGAACCAUCC